GCUCACUGAGGAAAAAGGAAAGCAAAGGGAUCAGGCGGUAGAAAUGGAGAGCAAAAGGACUGGGGUGGAGAGAGAGCGAAAAUGUUGAAGAGACAUGGUGUGGCAACAAGACAAAAUAAGGGGAUAUCUGUCCACCAAAAGGGCUUCUCUGAAUAACAAAGUCAAGGUUGAGGAGUCGAGCUAACGUUAACUGUCUGGAGGAUUUUGAUUUCGCUUUGCUUUGGUCCUACCGCGUAAUCAGUGCGCACUCAACGUUUGUGUUGGUCUGUAGCUAUCUGCAGAGAGAAGUCUGUGGCGAACAACCCAGUCUGACAGAAUAAAAGGUAGCUCAGUAUGAGCCGAGAUGGAUGGACAAAGAAGAGAGCCAAUGACAGUGGUGACAAUGGUUGGGCUGAAAGUGGCGGCUAUAUGGCUGCAAAAGUUUCGAAGCUGGAAGAGCAGUUUAAACUCGAUGCCCCCAGAGAGAAACAAAAGGAUGGUUCAUGUUCCAAUAUUUUUAGCGGUGUGGCCAUCUAUGUCAAUGGAUACACAGAGCCAAGUGCAGAUGAGCUACGCAGACUAAUGAUGUUGCAUGGUGGCCAGUUCCACAUGUACUACUCUCGCUCCAAGACCACCCACAUCAUCGCCAAUAACUUGCCCAACAGCAAAAUUCAGGAGCUCAAAGGGGAAAAGAUCAUCAGGCCAGAGUGGAUCCCCGACAGUAUCAAGGCUGGGCGUCUCCUGCCUUACUUCCAGUACCAGCUGUACACUAAACAGAAAGGCCCACUCUUCCCUGGCACGAUUCUGCGCCAGACGUCAGAGAUAGCAGGACCCAGCCAUGGGCUGCUUCAGCCGAGCGUCCAUCAAAAGCUUCAUCUGCCACAGGACAGCAUUCAGCACUCGGUACUCAACCAUGAGCAGUCCACAUCCAACUCUGUCCCUAACCCCAGCCACAGUGGACUUUACCAAGGCAACAUCCAACCUCAGUCCAUCCAGCAAAGUUCUGCAGUUUGCUUUAUUAACCAACAACCAAGUCACUUAGCAUCCACUUACCUCAAUACAGAUCCCAGACACAGAAGCCCUUUGCACACCCACCUGCUGUCUAACCCAAGCCCCACAAAGCACCCACACAAGCCCCAACAGUCUGCUGUUCAAACAGCUCAUUCUAAUCUCCAGCAUCAAAGAGCUAGCCAACCACAACCUCAGAACAACUCUUCUUGCAACAGUGCCCGGAGUGGCUGCAAGGAAGUGGAAAUAAAAAUAAACAGAUUAUUACAGACCUCAUUGGACGUGAUGAGCCCUUCAAAAAUGAAUGAAAUACAAGAUUAUGGCAAAGGAGAUCCUCUCCCGCAGGUGGUGAAGGAAGCACAUCUGACAAAUGGACACACUCACCUUGUUAAUGGUGCCUUAAAGCCAGAGGCCCUGUCUCCUGUUACAGAUGAACACUCUGUUGACAAUGAACGGCCUCCAUGCAGAGUCAAGAGUUCAGAUGAUAAACCUCAGAGUCCUCCAGUACAGUUUCAGAGCAAACCUGACCCUUAUGAGUUUCCCCAUAGUCCUCCAAAACAAUCUGACCAGUCUCCUGUCUUUCUAAAGCAAUCCAAUUCACAUGGAGCCAAUGAGCAGAGACCUAAACCUCCACCACCCACCUACCAGGAGGCUAUAAAAGCCACUGAAAGCCACCUACUCCCAAAACCGCUCCAGCAAUCCCGUCAAGUUGAUUCAAAUCCGGAAAAGACUCUGUCACCCGCAUCUCGCUCUCUUUCACAUACUCCAAUUCGACUGAACGGAAGUCACCACAAUGCCUUUUCGUCUGACCCUGCCUCACUUAACACAACCAACGUAACAGCCAAACCGGAUCCUCCCACUGAAAAGGCUUUAGCACCAUCUAAGUCGUCAGCUCAGCUGCUGGCACAGACAGGCGGUUUGAUCUCUGAGUUCUACUCUCACUCACGUUUACACCAGAUCUCCACAUGGAGGUCCAGCUUUUCAGAGUAUGUCAAUGAACUGCACGGGAAGCGAAAAGCAGUGGGAGGGGCCUCCUUUCCUGGGAAAGACCGACUGAGGAAAUCUGUGGCCCAGCGCUCAACAGACAGUCGAGGAACGUCCGCACCCACAAGUGUUAAAUCUUGUAUUCUUCAUGUGGACAUGGACUGCUUCUUUGUGUCUGUGGGGAUCCGACAUCGGCCAGAGCUUAGAGGGAAGCCUAUAGCUGUGACCAGUAAUCGUGGACAGGGCAGAGUGCCCCUGAGGCCCGGGGCCCACCCUCAGCUGGAGCAGCAGUACUACCAGAGGAAACAUACUCAUCCACAACCUGAGAGGGCAGAUGAGGAUCUACACAGAAGUCCUUCACAAGAGAGUCCUGACUCCCAUGCUAACGGAGUGGACCAGGCUGCUGCCACUCUCUCAAUGGCAGAGAUUGCAUCCUGCAGUUAUGAGGCUAGGCAGGCUGGUGUGAGAAACGGGAUGUUUUUUGGCAAAGCAAAACAGCUGUGUCCCUCGCUGCAGUCUGUCCCAUAUGAUUUUGAGGCCUAUAAAGAGGUGGCUCUCACCAUGUAUGAGACUCUGGCAGGUUACACCCAUGACAUUGAGGCUCUGAGCUGUGACGAAGUGUUGAUAGACGGUUCUGCUCUGCUAACUGAGUUGGGCACCAACCCAGAAGAUCUGGCUAGUGCAAUCAGAGCAGACAUCAAGGAGAAAACCGGAUGCUGUGCUUCAGUGGGCAUGGGGUCCAACAUCCUGUUGGCUCGGUUGGCGACCCGUAAGGCCAAGCCAGAUGGCCAAUACUUCUUAAAGUCUGAAGAAGUGGAUGAUUUUAUCAGGGACCUGCCAGUGACCAGCUUACCAGGCGUUGGGACUGUUAUGGGCAGAAAACUGGCUGCUAUGGGUGUGAGGUCAUGUGGGGACCUCCAACAGGUGUCUCUGUCUCAGCUGCAAAAGAAGUUUGGACCCCGGACCGGACAGACCCUCUUCCGCUUCUGCAGGGGGCUAGAUGACCGACCUGUCCGCUACGAGAAGGAAAGGAAGUCCGUCUCAGCUGAGAUGAACUACAACAUUCGCUUUACUACGGUUGAUGAGGCAGAGUCUUUCAUGACUAACUUGUCCAUGGAGGUGCAAAAACGUUUACAAGAAGCAGGGCUGCGGGGACGCAGAGUUACCCUUAAGGUCAUGGUUCGCAAGGUUGGAGCACCACUCGAAUCUGCUAAAUACGGCGGUCAUGGCAUAUGUGAUAACUUAGCCAGGACUGUGAUGCUCGCUCAAUCCACUGACAGUGGUCAGCUGAUAGCCACUGCAGUCAUCAAGCUGUUCCACGCCAUGAAGUUGCAGGUUCAGGACCUGAGAGGAGUCGGCAUCCAGGUUCAGCUUCUUGACGGACAUCACUCUGUCCCCCAGGACUCUUCGGGCCCCGGGACACGCUCCAUCAAAGAAAUGUUGCUAGGCCGGGGAAGCGCAAUAUCCAGUCACGGGGGUUUGUGUAAAGCCUUUGUGUUUCAGUUUAUUUAUGUGUUGUUGUCUGUUAAAUCAGUUGAGUUCAGCAUCAAUGUUACAGAUGCUGCUGACAACAACACACAUCAGGAAAAGGCUUCCUCAACCACAGGCCCAUCAUCUCGCUCCUCUCCAGGUCCUCUGUCCUCUCCCGAGCCGGUCCCAGGGACCAGCAGAGACCAGCAGGCAUGCAGACAAACUCCAAAACAUUCUCGAGCCCGUCUCAACUUUAGCAUUGAGGUUCCCUCCCCUUCACAGGUGGAUCAUUCUGUGUUGGCGGCGUUGCCUGCAGAUCUCAGAGAACAAGUGGAGCAGUCAUGGACUAAUCGGGAUGGGAGAGCAAGUAACCGUCGGUCACCCAGUCCACGGCCCGCUGCUCCUCUUCCACAGCCUCCAUCUCGUCCUCCUGUCUCUGGUCCUGCACUCUACACUCCACCCGUUGGCACAUUGCUUCUACAGAUUCCAAACCAGCCAGACAGUCCAGGAAUUGUGCUGGAACUACCAAACUUUUCACAGGUUGAUCCGGACGUAUUUGCUGCCCUUCCCAAAGAGCUCCAGGACGAACUGAAGUCUUCCUACAACCGCGCAACAAAUGUCCAGCCCCAGGCAAAAAUAUCAGUGGAGCAGAAGAAUCCACUGUUGCAGCUAAAACAGUCAGGACUUGGAGUUGGAAUUGGUCGGGUGAAGCGGCGCUACAAGAGAAAAAAUGCCGUGAGCCCUGUUAAAAAAGGUCCUUCCCCUCUAAAGAGGCGUCACACAACUAACAGCCCAGCCAAAACCCUACCACCUCCUAUGAAAUCACGGGAAACAAUAAACAUAUUAAAGAGUGAAAAUUGUCCCUCCACAUCAACCUCAAAACCAGACAUCCCAGAGUCUCUGUCCAAAUUCAUUCCUCGCCCUUCUCCAGUAUUGGCCGGAGCCUAUAACCUGACGGACAUUAAAACCCUCCUACGGGAAUGGGUCACCACCAUAACAGAACCCAUGGAGGAGGACAUCCUGCAGGUGGUAAAAUACUGCACUGAUCUGAUUGAGGAUAAAGAUCUGGAGAAGUUGGAUCUGAUUAUAAAAUAUAUGAAAAGGCUCAUGCAGCAGUCGGUAGAAUCUGUUUGGAGUAUGGCUUUCGACUUCAUCCUAGACAACGUGCAGGUGGUUGUGCAGCAGGCUUAUGGUAGCACCCUGAAAGUAGUAUGAAGAAGGAGGGGGUACUAUUCUCUCUUUGUGUUACCAUUGCACCAAGACUUUUUUGUUUUGCUACUUUCACAUGGUCAUCUGCAAUACGAAUUAUGCUUAUCCUUCUCAAGUUAAUGUUCUCUGUGGCCUCCUGAGAGUGAGACACAAAUUAUUGACUCCACACACACACACACACAUACACUACACACAUACACACGCACACACUCAAUAUGAGAAAGUGUUACAAGAGCCAUGACAGUAUUUCAUGAGAUUUUGUACAGUUAAUUAUUUUCUGUAUUGCUUUUUUAAGGGAAAAGUGAAACUGAGACAAACUGAAAGGCAGGAAAUUAACUUAGAAUCUACUCCCCAAAACUCAGAACAGUGAUAAGCGUAGCAGCUUUUUGCAAUUUCAUCAUUUUUCAUAUGGAUUUCUUUUCUAAAUAAACGUAUGUGAAAUUCUAUAUAAAUAAAAACCUAUUGCAGGCAGUGCUUAACUAUUUGUUAUACAAGCCAAGCCUUAUAAGAUUUUUAAUUUCCUCCUGAUGAGCGUUUUUCAUCUGAAAUAGCAGUUGACGUCUCCUUUGUGUUCCUAAGGUUUAAAAUACACAGGCACAUGUUGGGAGUUUCUUUUUCCAUGUAUGCAGUUAAAUCGGUCUCGGUUUAAAAUAAUGACAGUGGUAAACACAUCCAUAAUGUUUAAACGCAAAGCACCUUUUAGAGAUUUUAGAAUCAGUUAAGUCUUGUAGCACUCCUCAGACAUCAGACUUAUGAUAAUACCAGAAAUGGUAGGAUUAAAAUGUCUUGUUUUUAAUCAGUUUCUUUGGUGCUCCUGCCACUUGUACUGACAUGUGAACUAUCUACUACUGCUGUGUCACAAAAAAAAAAUAUAUAUAUAUAUAUAUAUAGUCUGCUUUUUUCUUGUCUCUCACAAAGACAAGUGCCAAGCCUUGUUAUUAUAGUAUAAUGUAAAUAAUGUUUUCAAAGACCCUUGUUAAAAGUUUGAAGAGAAAAUAUGUAUGUGGAGGUUUUACCUCUUGUAUUGUUUACAUGUAGUGAAUUCUUAGUAACUGUCUUUAAAUUGUAAAAUCUUCUCACUCUUUAAUUGUCUGUAAGUGUUCCAACAUGGAAAUCAGAAGCUGGCCAAAGCACUUCAUGUGAGGUUAACUGUUGAUUCUCAGUAGCACUCUGCCUUGGGAGGAUGUUGACAGGGGUUAUGGCAAUCAAUAAGUAGCCUAUGCAGUUCUUUUUUUCACUAGCAAGUGAGAUGUUCCUUCAAGAUAAUGUAACAUUUCAUACAGCCUUUGUAUCUGGAGUAAACUUUUUCUAGUGUGUUUGCAACCUAGUUACCAGUUCCACAAAUCUGAAUAUUGAAAUAAUGCUGGAUUUGCAAAGGAACAAGUGACCUGAUUUUUAUUUGAAGUAUGUAAUUGUGUACUUCAUACAUUGGAGACAUUUGUAUGGCUUGUGGCUACAUCAUUGUAUUGUGAACUUAACUUUUAUGAUUGAUGAUUAGAAGUACUCAGCACAUGCGGCUGGCUGGCUGGCUUGUGAUCUCACUGUGUGUGUGUGUGUGUGUGUGUGUGUGUGUGUGUGUGUGUGUGUGUGUGUGUGUGUGUGUGUGUGCGAGUGUGUGUGUGUGUGUGUGUGUGUCUGCGAGUGUGUGUGUGUCUGCGAGUGUGUGUGUGUCUGCGAGUGUGUGUGUGUGUGUGUGUGUGUGUGUGCGUGCAUGUGCACGCACAUAGUUUGUUUAAAGCAGUAUCCCCUAUAUGCAAAACAAAUCAAUCUGUCACUUUUUUCAACUUGUUGAAAUGAAUGUAAUUCAGAAUGUGCAAGUCUCCAAUCACUUUCAAGAUGUUUGCUUCUUUUCACCUUUCAUAUCUUUCCAGAAGAGAAUGGCCAGAAGUAAAAAUUGGCCAGUCUUGUCUUCUCUAAACUGGCUUGUGCCUGAAGACCUGAAGCUGUGAACUUGUUUGUAAGUUUUCUAAAUCUUGGUAAUAAACUGUAAACUCUGUAUUAA